UGUCGGCAGGAGGGAACACGAGGCAGAGGUGCGCAGCUAUAAAGGUCAGGGGGGGGUGGGGGAGCCACCACUUCACCACCAGAGCCACCAUGAUCACCAUCCCGCUUGUGUUGCUGCUCCUGUCUGCAGGUGCUCUGGGACAGUCCUGUGUGGGUCGGUGUGGGGUGAAUGAUGGAGUAAGCUCCUGCCAGUGCAACUCUGUCUGUUCCAAUUUCAAUGACUGCUGUGAUGAUUAUAUAGCUGUCUGCCUGUCAUGCAAAGACAGAUGUGGCGAGAGUUACCUCCAAUCAAAACCUUGCCAGUGUAACGAUAAAUGUGGAUCUCAUUCCAACUGUUGCGACGACUAUGAUGAGCUGUGUGGCGGUGGUGGACAAGGCGUGACGGAUGAUGACCUGCGCACCAUCACGGAGGAGAUGUUCGCUGCUGAUGUGAACAGUGUCUAUGACCAGCUGACACUUGACUACCAGGGGAAGGGGAGUUCUGGAGACUUGGCCCCCGGCCCACUGUUCGUGUCAGUACCAGAGUCUGUACUAAGCGGACCCACCAUAGCACUACUGAGGAAGGUGCAAGACAACUACAUUCCCUCCGUGUACCAGGCGGAGGUACAAGAUGCGAACGAGAUAGCAGAGCAGAAUGCCUUCUUGGACGCAAUCAUGAACACUGAAGUCAUGAAACUGGCCGAGACUUUUCUUCACUCGAAAAAUCUCUUGACGGGAUCUUUGCGUGACAAGCUGGACGAGAUGUGGUUUACUCUAUACAAACGCAAACAUGACCAAAGUUCUUCCGGGUUCGAGCACGUGUUUGUUGGAGAACAAGAUGGUGAUGUGUCUGGUUUCCACAACUGGGUCAACUUCCAAAAGGAAGAAGCUGAAGGUGAUCUGGACUACUACAGCUGGAUGGACUCCGUCACGUUUGGAACUAAGGGAGAAGUGCUAAUGAAUCGGUAUAAUUGGGAGGGCCACAUGAAGAAAAUUGGCUCUAUGUUUAUCGGUACUUCACCGGAAUUGGAGAUGGCCACCUACACAGUGUGCUUUUUGGCCCGACCUGAUAGUUUGUGCCCAGUCCAGAUGUUCAGCCAACAGUUCCACGUACAAACAUGGACAAUCUUUGGCAACUUAGUGGGUAGUGCAUACCCUGAUAUUCCUUAAUAAUGUAGUCAUUCCUUAUUGUCAACUAUCACAAAACAUAGCUUCUCAUUAAACUAUUAAACUAUUA